UGGGGGUAAUGAACUGGAAGCCCUGGAGCUUUUCUAUUGAAUACUGGCAGCUCUCAUGCUCAAACUACCUAUCUAACAUCACUGAAGUAUUUUUUUUACAAUUAAAACCAUUUUGACUUCGAGGUGUGAAACUACACCUUUUUCUAACAGCCUUUUCUGAAUGCUUACUUUCAUUUCUACAGCUGUCUCCAUGGCUCUCCUCUGCUGCUCUGUGCUGGUGCUGCUGCAUGUUUUUGGUUCUGCCUCUGCCACUGCUUUAGCAGACAUGGACUACGGGGGUGUUCCUCUGUGGAUUAAUCGCCUGUUGGGUGAGCCCAGUGUGCUAAGUCUACAUGGACGGAUGGAUCCUGCCUGGUUCCGUGCCAACAACCCACAGGCCUGUCCUGAACAGUGUGACUGCCCCAUCCAGUGGCCCACAGCAGUCUACUGUGACCACAGAGGCCUGGCAGAAAUCCCGGACAGCCUGCCAGAGAGAACUCAAUAUCUGUUUCUGCAGCACAACAACAUCUCGUCCCUGUCCUUCUCAUCUCUGGCCAACCUUACUGGUCUACGCUGGCUUAUCCUGGACCACAACCAGCUUCAGAGCGAUACACUAGACCAGUCCAUCCUACAGAACCAGACAAAGUUGCACUACUUCUUUGCAAACCACAACCACCUGACAUCAGUUCCCACCAUUCUACCAGCAGGACUCAGGCAGCUUCGACUGACCCACAACCAAAUCAGCAGCAUCAGCCCUGACACUUUCCAGAAAUUGCACAACCUGACACUGCUGCUGCUGCAAGGAAACAGACUGCAAACCAUCAGAGAGGGCGACCUCAAAGGUUUGCUGAGUCUGAACCUCCUGGACCUCAGUGGAAAUUUGUUCUCAGCCGUGCCCAGGCAUUUACCCUCUUCUGUCCAGCAGCUCUAUCUGUCCAAUAACUCUCUCUCUGGCCUCAAUGAGGAUAGCUUUGUGGGAUUUCUUGAACUUAAAUAUCUUCGUCUAAGUCACUGUGGUCUGAAAAGCCCCAACAUCCCCCCACAGGCCUUCAACAUCUCCAGCCUGAUUGAACUGGACCUUUCAUAUAACAAACUCAUUACUGUUCCCACUGUUCCUACCUCCCUGAAGUACCUCUACCUGGAGGCCAAUGAAAUACAAGGAUUCAACUUGACGAGUCUCUGCAGAGAGGUGGGACCGUUGUCCUACUCCAGGAUGAAAAUAUUACGACUGGAUGGAAACAAGAUGACCCACCAGCAGCUGCCACCCGACUGGGUCUUCUGUCUAAGAGUACUUGAACGUAUUUAUGUCUGACUCCACCUCCUGUAUUUGUUUUAAAAAAUAUAAUCACUGUAUGUGACAGGCCAACUUACCAAGUGAUGUAAGAAAACAUGACUCAA